UCUGCGGAAGCGGUUUGGUGUUUUGAAUUUCUCACCAAAAUACUUUUCACUAGUUUUUGAAGUUGUGAGUUCUAACAAUCAUUAAAAUGAUAUUCAGUCAAGACUACCAGCGCUCCGUCGAGGACGUCCACGCGAUCGUCAGGCACGCCAAGCUGGACUUCAACAACCUUACGAAUACGGCCCAAGCGAUCUAUUACCCGGACGGGGACACGCACGCCAACAUGGGCAACCUCAAACUACUCGAGGCGGACGACCACAUCCUGGAGCAGAUCCGCGCGGGCAAGUCGGUCUCGUUCAAGGGAGCGCUCAACGAAAAGGUCGUCAUUUGUACCGAGUCCAGGACGUACGAGGUGAAGGAGGCGGAGAUCAGCAACAGUUUGCUGCUGGUUCCGAAGUUGCAGCAGGCACAGGCUACGAGCAGGUCACCGAUCAAGAGUCCCAAGGGUGGGGUGAACACGUCGUUGGACAGCAGCACGGAGGAAAUGGGCGAGGAGGCCGUGGACAGUAUCGAUACGAUCGAGCGGAAGGACGUGGUGCGGAUAUUCCACGAUUACUUCGAGUGUCGUCAGGUUAAGCCCAAGUACAGGAAGAUCAUCGAUUUGCUCCGGUUGACCAAGUAUUCCGGACCAGAGAACGAACAUCUGGUUGAACGAUCGUUGCUGUUCCGGUUCAAGCAGCUUCUGGAUACGGUCCAGUGCAGCAAGGAGGAGUUCGAGGAAGGGUUGCGAAAGUAUCGCGCGAUUGAGAUCGAGGACCGGAUUCGGAUGCUGGACAACGAGUACGAGUACCGGGCUGUGACGCUGAUGUUGGCCCUUAUCGGCGAGAAUUCCUGGCGGUUGGACGAGAUUGACAAGGCUACCACCGUGGAAGCCCUCGAAGGAAUCGUCCCGUACGAUGUGGUGGACAAAAUCUUCGACGUGUACACGGAACCCACCGAGUCGGGUCGGUUCCGCUACCGGGAGGACCUCGUUUGCGCCCUUUUCGCCGAAAAGAUCCUCCAGCAAGGCCUCAAGUUCCACAUUGAUGACUUCCUGACCACGUGGCAGGAAACCCUGCCGGAUGGGUUCACCGUCGACGAAAAGUACCUGCGCGGAAUCGGAAUCAUCGACCGGGAAGGGAACGUGCCGUGCGUGCGCGGACUCAACGAGGCAGAUUUACCGAACAACCUGCUCGUGCGACUCGUCACCCUGUUCAAGACCAAGGAACGGUGGAAUCUGGAGCAGAUCGAACCGUACAUUGAGUGCUUCACGACGCCAACGCUGGGCGUGACGUCGAUUCUGGCCAAGCACACGCGCUCGCUGGUCGUCAACGGAACGCGAAUCUACGUGUCCAAGCACUAAGAAGAAAGGACCGUUUCUUUUGCUCUACUUCAAAUCACAACCUUUUAGAUUAUAAGCAAAAUAAAUCAUAUUUUUUAACUAUUUGCGGAA